UUAUCUGGUAAACCACUCACAAGAGACAUUUCCUUUAACACUGAUUUACUUAACAUUUGUUUGGAGCCGAUGUCGUGUCGAGUUGUGACUGUUUAGCAAUACCUCUCAACAUUUUUGAGAAAUGAUGCGAUACUUGGGCCUUGUGAGGAGUUUAAACUCUUUCAAGGGACCGAGUAUUAAAGGCAAACUUUUUUUAUGAUCGAUGUUUUCGUUCUAACAUUUUGGCAUAAUUAUGCAUGAAACUACAGAAACUGGAAUUUGUGUUUGUUUUCGUUUCAAGUCUGUUUUUUGUUUGCAGGACUUAGGUUAUUCUUAGGUUAUUCUACUUAGGUUAGGUUAUUAUAUGUUCUGAAAUGCGUCACAGCGCCACCCCCCUCUAAAGAGACAAUAUUGUCUUUCUAAUGUGAUUUACGCUAUCAAAUAGGAGAUUGCAUUAUACAAAUUAAAACAUGCGUUCGGUUUUUAGGAGUAAGCAUAAUUAUUGAUAAUUGAUAUCCGACAUUAUCUAUGUCUGGUAAUGACUACGUACACUAUAUAUUGAAAAAACGUUGUCGCUUUCAUAAAAGUAUGAACCAUGAACGACGAGGCUUAAAGGAUUCAUGGGUAUGUUUUUUUAUUAGCCGAAAUUUCAAAAAGAAAAGCUUACAUUAUCACGAGCUUCGCAUGCGGAUGAAAAAAACUGUAGUUUAUUUUAGGCAUGCCGUCCUUCAUUCAAAUCUUCCCAGAAAACCUUUACGUCUCAUCUUAUGAUUUUAAAGUGUACGUUGGCGAUGUUGCCAUGCUCAGUAACUAGAGAGAUCUCUUUGAAGAGAAACGCGUGUCCAGAGGUGAAGUUGUCGGCUUGUCGCCAAGAAAACUGGAAACAGUUUGAACCUUGUUCAAACUCGUGAAGCUCGUGCCUAAGCGUUUGUAAUAAGAACUUUGAAUUUUGCAAUGUUGAUAAUUUUCUACCAAUUAAUCCAUUAGGUCUCAUCAUUCCUUGUUUAUAUUUUUCAUGCGAUGACACUUUUUUCAAUCAGCUGUACAUAGCAACGUCUGACCGAAUCUUAAGAACCGUAUUUGUUGUGAUAAAGAAUUGAAAAAAAAAGAGCAGAUUGUGGAAGUCAUUACUCGUAAUCUAUGACGAUAAAAUACAGCCAUUGAAAGUGGAUAUUCCUGAGCACAGUGGUCCUUCGAGCCAGGUACUAUGUCAGGCUAGCGAAGACCGACCAAGAUUGUCAGUUGAAGUUGCUGGUAGAGAAGGUCGUUCCCUAUGACAGGAAAAAGAAGGAGAUCGAAAAGAAGCAAAAAAAAUCCGAGCGGGUCAUAGAAGUUCUGGAAAAAAGUUACUGAUUUCUUUUACUUGGAUGAUGGAACCGCGAACUGUUGUGCAUACCAAGCGCCGCUAUGGGAACUGUCCGGUCUCUUUGGUCAAACAUGCCCAGGAAAACUGUCAGAAAAUUCAGAAUUUAAAGGAAUGUAAUCGAUUUUCUAUGCGUUUUAAAUGCCAUGGUUACCGAGUGUAUAAAUGGGAGUGUAUAAAGAUGUUUUUUUUAUAUCAAAAGUGGCUGAGAACGGCAGUGAUCUGUCUCAGUAUAAGCAGUUUUCCAGUUAAGUCUUACUGCUCGUAAAUUCUACGUUUUGCCGAUGUUUGAGCCGAUGUAUAUGUAAGCGCAGAGAGCGAGUUGCGUUACAAACAGCACAGGCAUGUAGAGUAAUCCACUGAAAGGUCGACCCUUACAGGGUCAGGGUUUUUUUUUUUUUUUCGAUACUGAAAGUAGUCGCCCGUUCGUCACGUCUCCUAAUACCGCUCGUUGAACGCAGCUUUCUGUUAGGCAGGAUUGGCGGCGAAUCAGCGCCUUUGGACAGCGCUCUAUGGAGACGUCUUUACCAGUUGAUGCGCAGGUGAGUCCCGUCGAGACCAAAAAGAUUGAAGAAAUUUAUCCAAAGAGGGGCGCAUGUAGUUUCCGGAAUGUCUAGCAUCCAUAGCGGCCAUAUAGAAUUGGCUAUACCUUUUUUUAAGGUAAGUGUCGUCCCAAUGUAGCGGUUCUGUGGCUCUCCGUUGCGUGUAAGGGAUGUGACAAAUUAGAAAUAGGUGUUGUAGUGGGUGCAGAUCAUCUGUUAAAUUUUCAGUACUACGGAAUGUAUGAUCAUGGGAAAAACUUGAUGAGCCGGAAGCAGUGGAAGGAGAAUAAGGAUGAAUUCUCUCGGGCCGUGUAAAACCAAACUUCAAUCAACAUAUGUAAAAGUCUCGUUCAAUCUGAAUGUACUUGACUUGAAGGUUUACAGCAAAUUCCUUAAAUUGCGGACUUAAAAAGGCUGAUUUUAAACCGCUUUUUGGCAAAGUUCAGGUGGAGGUCAGGGAAAGAAUUUCAUCUGUCGGGAUUUACAUCACCAAGCUGCCAUCAUUCGAAGAGAGGCCGUAACAACCAAGGUAAGAAUUGUUUACGAUGAUGCCUCUUCGAAGGAAAAAAGCGUCAGGUACGUCUCUGAAUGAUUGCUUUCACAUGCAUGGGAUCGUCGCCUAAUCGGUUACGGUCAACUACCAUUAAUGAAUGCACCCAAACGACGACUGGAUGUUCAUGUCAUUCAAACGUCCGUAAUUUAUUUGUGCCUGGGAGCUACAAUAGCUAGCUACAAGCUAGCUGCCCGUACUGUCGGGAAUUCAGAAUUCCGUAGUAGUGAGGUGCUAGGUGCUUGUCCGCGAGUGAAGAGUUGACGAUAUUAUAUGGAAUGCGUACAUGCCGCGAUUUCGUGAAAAGAGGAUGGCGCAUGUGUACAUGUGUGAGACAGUCAAAGGAUGCUUUUCUCAAUGUCAAUGUGGACAAGAGUAAAUUAUCAAUGUCAAUGUGGACAAGAGUAAACAGGGGUGCACUCUUGUGUUUCGAGGACUCCUUGGACUUGUCAAGGACCGCGAUUUAUCGAUUUUGACGUGUUGUUUUCGACAUAAUUUACGAUCUCUUUUCGUUCAUAUGCAACAUAAAAUUGAGACAUUACAUAACAAAGCCCACCAAAGUUGACCCUGAAUUCGUGAGGAAAUUGAUAUAGUCAUUUGAUGUUGCUUGAUGAUUUCGUGAGGGAAGGUGUAACCUCAAAAGAAGUUAAGGUUCUGUGUGAAACAACCUGCACUUGAAUGUUGAGGGGAUUCCGGGAAUGGGGAACGUUGAUAGUUUGAGAGAUAAAGUCCCAACCGAUUCAGAUGACAGAGAAGAGGACGACAGCUACGCAAAAACCUCCUGGCAUAUGUCAUCGGGGAUUUAAGACCGAAAGGUAUCGGGUGUAUUAUGGGGCGUAUUAUUGUGGGAUUUUGGCCAAGAGACAAGAAUUCUUGAUUUAGCCGUAAUUGCAAAUCGUGAUGAAGAUCUACCGACAAUUGUUGGGACUAUAGGACCGUUAACGAUAGGCAUUGUUUUGAAGCCUCGUGUCGACAUUAGACCUUAACGCCUGUUUGCAUGGAGGUGGGGGACCCCAGCUAAGUGAAGUAAUAUGUUAACGUGAAAACGUGAUCAGAUUAAAAUGAGAGAUUAUAUAAACAGGCGGGUUAAAGCGGGUUACCUCGCCAACCUGGGUUGCCCACCUCCAUGUAAACAUGCCCUUACAAAACGCGGCGCUCAGAAAGCAGUUAAUGAAGAUCAGAAAAGAGCCGACUGUUACUGCUCUUUGGGAAGAAAUUACAGUACUUGUAAAAGGCAAAAUAACAGUUUCGUGACAAAAAAUACGUCUCCGGAGAGUUAUUUUCAAAGUUACAAAGAAUAGAGACAAACUUUGAAAAACUGUCAAGCUUAACAGUACGCAUGCCACGGCAUUUAUCCCUUCUAACCUUUUAGUUUGCGCAUCCGUGCCUUUUUUUGUUUUUUGCUUUGUUAUUUAAACCUUCCUUUUAUAUGAUAUAAGCCGUUAUUCAAUUAGCGAAGGAAUUGUGAGAUGCAAGAAGCGCUUAUAGAACGGGGGCAACCAACGGGAAUAUAGUCCAAAACCACUUAAACAUAGCAUUGUUAAACUUAUUUUAGUAUUUAAACGGUAGAUAUGGGCAUAUUUUUAUCCCCUAAAAAUUUUUCAUCUGUUCGGAUCUCCUAGCUGAAAGUCUAGUGAUCUGAAAAUUAUAGGGAUCAAAACUUACCUUUUCGAAAAUUCUAGGUGACCUUUGUAGGGUAAAAAUCCGUUAAAACUGUUCAAUUAUACCAUUUUUUAGAUGCUCGAAAUUUCUAGGAGAGACAGGCAGGAAAGAAAUUUUACAACAAAUGUUCCGAAAAUUCUAGAUCUCAAAUCGUCUCACGAACAGAUAUUUUCCGAAAAUUGACUUAGAAUUACAGAUGAUGGCAAAGUAACCACUGAAUCCAAGAAUCGACAAGAAUGUCCUGUAAGAAUUAUCUGUGGUGUCUUGCCGGAUUCUGGAUUCAAGGCUGUGGAUUCCAGAUUCCUUGGGCUGAAUUCCGGAUUCCACCACCAGCAAAAAUUUCCUGAAUUCCGGAAUCCGGAGUACCUUGUCCUUACAUGGGGCGAGUGGUACCUUACAUGGGGCGAGUGGUACCUCUCUGUAAGCUGGAAAAGUGUCGAAGCCCGCUUAUUUUCUUUUUCUUACCGCCUGCAGAUUUGUGCUAUGAAAGGCGAGGAACCAAUGAAAGGUGGAACAAAACAGGAGCAGUCACCUUCCAAACCGAGAAAUCACGCAAAUGGGGACGCUGUACAAAACUAUUCUCCUAGCAAAUUUCCGCAUAAUAAAUCAACGCUGGAUAAUUCACCCCGUAAGUAAAUCUUAUGAUGAUUUCGUGAAUAUUCUUAAGAAACCGGCAUUUCAGUCAUGCAAAAAAUAUAUACAUAUAAAAAAUCCCUUCUGUUUUCUUCAUUUACCCUCGAUUUCCAGGAUAAAAAAAAUCAGAUUUCGUAAACAACGUAGGCUGAUCGAAAAUGUAGCCUUGUAAAUACCCUUGACCUGUGACAUACACGUAACCGAAGCUGUGCUAAGGAAUAGUUAUGUGAAAAAUCGUUGUGAUCUUUGUAAUUUGUCUUUAUUUAUUGUUUUUGGACAGUGUCUCCUCUGGCUCUGAGGAAUCUCGUUGAUCAACACACAAAGUCUCAUGCAGCAAUUCAAGUAAGUUACAUCAAAUGUUAGCAAUGUACGUUUUCUCAAAAAAAAAAAAUUCGAUUUGUUUGAGGUCGACACAUUGGGUCGGUUAUUUAAACGAAGUCUAACUUAGAUCCGCGCGGUUGAGGAAAUCUUUGAACCUCCAGAUCUCUUCCUUAGUGGGUUUUUUUAAGAAGACAAAUGCUUUUCCAGUCCACCUUACACGCUUUAAUGUUCACGAUAAAUGGUGUUGACAUAAAAGCGUCCACCAAACUGAAAAUGGCUUAGAACGCGGUUUUGUUAAACACUGGCUAAGCUCCGUUUAAAUAACUGGCCUAUUGUUUUUAACAGUCUCACGCUAUUUUUUGACAACCUUGAUAAUAUACUAAGUCAAAUCAAAUCAAGUCAGUUUUUAUUUAUUUCACACUGAAUAUUUUAAAAAUAAAGAAAAUGUGAAAACGGGUCGUCUGAAGAAAACAAAAAACACUAAAAAAGGUCUCGUAGUUAUGCGUUUGAGAAAAUCUGCUGAAAACGUGAAGAACGUGCAUGUCAAUCUGUUCGAUGAUAACAUCAACAACUCUUUAGGUUGUUUAUAUUGAGUGUGGAAACUAAAAAAAAAAGCUUAAAUCCGUCCUUAAUAGUAACCAACAUUAAUAUAUCAUGGCUGAAUCCGCGAGCGGGUAAGGUGAAGCGAAUCUUGCGUUCUGAUUGGCCACCCGAGCGGGCGCUUUGAAGAUGGGCCCAUUUCCCGCGUUGGUCCCGCAAGAAAAAGUUCUCUUUUUGGCUAUAUAAUAAAUCCUUUAUUGACCAAGCCCCAGACGGUUGGAUAUUGGCCUCGUACUUUUUUGCGUUUUCAUUGACCUCGACCUCGUGUCGGUCAGUAAAAACGCAAAAAAGAACUUGGCCAAUAUCCGGCCAUCUUGACCUAACGCUUGGUCAAUAUGCACAAGAAACUACUGCUGCUACUGUAGUGAUUAAACAGUAAAAUACAAGAAACAACUGUUUACAAUACAGGAAAGUAUGGCUCAUACGCUUCUAAUGAGUUGUCUUUCUUUUUUUUUUUUUUUGUCACGCUCGAGAAAUUUAUGUCAUUCACUAAAGCUGUUCCCUGUUUUUGCAUAAUUAUCAACACUUGUUGAACGCACUGCUCGCUAGCUUUGAUUUGAAUGGUCACACUUAUAGAAUUUAUCCAGAGACUAAAAAGUUAGGGCCCUUGUUGAUUGAAAUAACCAGUGCCAGAGGAAAAUACUGCCCGCUUUAAAAAUUUCGUCACUGCAUAGUCACGUUUUUUUAUGAGUAAGAGAAACACGCACCGUUUGCGAUGUAGUUAGCAUAAUCAUUGACGUCUCAGUAAGUCACGUUUCGGGCCUUGUUCUUAAACAUGGAACAUAAGUGUGCUUUUCUCGGAACGAUAAACAGCGCUGCAGGAAAGGCUUGUUGCAGGUUUUAUUUGACUGUGCAGGAGAGAGGGUUUUGAAAGACUAAGAGUUACCUUCCUUGAAGCGUAAGUAGCAGUAAGAGGGUGGUGAUUGUUUAGAAGGGCGAGGGAGUCAGUAAACAAAGUGUUAUCUUGUCCAAACGAUCGACCCAUGCGACCCCUCAAUCAGGUGGAAAUGAAGUUAGCUAUAAAUUUAUGCGAUCUGUGACUAGUUAUAUGCAAGCAUGUUGCAACAGUCAACUUCCUAUACAAACUGUUAAACCUAUUGUUUCGCACUUUUUGAGUAAGGUUAAAUGUUAUCUUUUUUGAACGAGAAAACCCCGCCGGCCAAUUCUGUUCUGGAAGUUUUACGCAAAUUAACAGCCUUUGUUUUUCGAUCAUUCUUGUGGUUUUCUAUCCAGUCUGUUCAUGUGUGAAAUAUUUUUGUUUCCUAUGUUAACGAAUCUCAGAUUUGCAAAAUUCAACCUAAACAUUUCGAAGCGAGAAAGUAACUGGCAUCAUCAGAAAGUGUCUUUGGUGUGAAUCGCAAAUGUUUUCCCACAGUUAGCGUUAUGUUUUAAGCCACUUAAUUCUAAAGAAAUCGUCUUUUCUUUGUUUCGCUUCCGAAACGCUCCACUGCAAACCUGUGCAAUUUCAAUAAAAUUAAUAUCGACCAUUCUUCGAGCUGUUAAGGCUAUUUUGCUUUUGAAAACAAAAGGCUUGCUAGUUUUAGUAAGCGCUCUGAGUGAUGUUGAAAAAUAGAUGCUGAUUUAAGUUCUUGUUAUUGACCAGUUUCCUCAAAUUAGGUAAGCAUUUAAUAGUUAACUUACUUUCCGCCUAGUUUUUGAGAAAAAAACAGAUGUCAAUCUCUACUUUUGCAAAUGCAAUCUUUGUCUUAAUUUAGAUCCACCUUUUAAACCUGUGAGCGAGAUCCAUAUUUCCCUUCUGUCGUAGCCAUGUAUACAGCAGUGAGAUAUUUUGUAACAGUACACCAUGUAUUAUACCUUCUACCCUUAUAUAUGUGCUUCUAUAGUUCCCCGUUCGACUUUAGAACGAAAGUAGCAGUUAACUUGUUCCCUGCCGAUGUAAAUGAAGUGUGCAAGGUUAUGCAGGUAGACAAAAUGUUAAGUUUUGGCCAUAGGGGCUUCAGCUUUGAGCAGUGCUUCUUUUCCCGUCUGCUUUUGCCUCCUGUACCUUGGGGGAUUAAUCCUUAAGUAGGCUGUUCUAUUUAAAGCUGUUUAAUAGUAUCAUACAAUAACGCCAUAUCUCCUGAAAUGAGCGAUUCAUUUGGAAAGUUGCUAUUUUUAUAUCUAACUUAGAGCCAGAAAGGCCAGGUUUAAAUGUUAGGGAUCUUUACGUUAUCCUUUUCACAAAAAAAAUUACCUGGAUAAAACGUUGUGAAUUGAGAAAGUGUUGGUUUUUCGAAUUUUCGCGAAAGACGUGAACUGUUUCAAGGCGGAACGUAAUGUACUAGAUAUUUCGCGUGUGAAGGGCCAACUUGUCAAAAGCUUUCAAAAUAUUUGCCCUUCCACCAUCUAUAUAUUAAUCACGUAAUAAAAUAAGGUUAAGUGUGAAAUAACUAUUAAAUACAUUGUGUUCUUUGAACUGCGCUUUUUUUCCCUUUGUGGGAACCAGUAUUGGGAUAAAGAAAACGUUCCGUGACUGUGCUGAACGUAGAUAGCGUGUAGUUAUAACAAAUUCGAAAGAAACUGCGUUCCAUGACGCAAAGACAUCAAAACACCAUUAUAAAUUGGUCUGUUUUAUUCUACGUGGGGGGACUUGGCUACCAAUAUUACUUGAUUUGCGUGUUGACUAUUUAAUCUGAUCCCCAAGGAUUGUCUUUUGAUUUUCAUUUCGUUUAAUGUGCUCCUUUUAUCUUAAAGGCCUUACAAGAACGAAUACAGUCAGGGACAAACCAGGCUACAACACCACGGCUUCAAAAGGUAACUGAUAAACAUUUUUUUAAUCCCGGUAGUGGUCUGAUAAUGUGGAAACAUUCGCGUAAAGAUCGAAAUAUCUUUCUUUAAAAAGGUAUGAAAGAAACAGCUGUAUCCAAAAGUUCUCCUUAAGCGAUUGAUUUAACACCAUGGGAUUUCAUCUACAUAUCGAAAACUUAAAGUGAAGGAUCAUCUUGCCCUAACUUGAUCUAGGAGCCCGAAGGGCUGAAACUUUCGUUGUGAAAUUAGUGUAAAACUUACUGCCAAAAGAGUCUUGAAGAAAAUUUUUUGAACAAAAAUAUAUCUGUCCCUUUUAGCCUGGAACGGUUUAAUUCUAUUAUUCAACGCAUCUAGAUUAGCAUUUCAAAGUCGACGUAAAAUUAAAACGACCUUUUCAUGUGUCUUUGUUUGACUCUAUACACAAGGCUCACCUACAUUUGUAGCCUGCGAGCAAGCUCUCCUAUUUAGGCGGGCGACGCGGGCCUCGCGAGAACGCGCGAGCGAGGGGCCGAGGAUAGGUAACCAUAAUUAAUUUUGAUCCUAACACUUACAAAGUGAUUCAACAUCAAAAUUCAUCUUAAAGUAAUGUACUGCAUAAAGCCUCUUCAAGUUUAGUCUCUAUUAAAUUUUACUGGGAAUAUACUUUGGUUCCGUUUGAAAGGAAGAGCUAUUUAAAACUGGCUAAUUUCUUAAGGAAAUGGCUUACCACGCGAAUAUACAUCAAUUAUCUUCAACUUUCAUCCGAAAAAACUUAAUAAAAGAAAAAUAUACGCUGAGCAUAGUCUUAUUUCUCACUUUAUAAAUCACGCUUUCUCACUAAUAGCCUCCUCGCUGUGGACGAGGCCUAAAAAGUUAUAAACGAAUAAACGUGAUUAACCGGUCCAGAGACUACUUCAAUUCAGUACAGUUACUUUGUGCAAAGCAGUCAUUGGGUUAACCACUUACGAAUUUGAGGGCACGAAUUGAACGGCAACUGAAAACCAAGUUCAUUACAACAGAGACUUUCCAUUCUUUACAUUGCGGUAGUUCGCUUACAUAGCGAUGUUUUUGUGAUACUUUACUAGAUGGCACCACCCCUCCCCUCUCAUUGCUCUUAUCGCUGCUGUUAACCAGCAACAAUCAUUAUUGAAAAUAAUAUAUAAAAAGAGCAUUCACGACAAGUUUAAAUUUAUCAUACAGACUCUAAAAAUGGUUGCACUGAUUUGCAUGCGCUGCUUCAAAAUGAACUGAACUUCAUUAUAAGUUGCUGAAAUAUCGCUAUAGUGUAUUAUAGUGAUCUGUCAAGGCGUUAAAAUUCUCGAGCUAUCAAUCAGACACCACACUGUUUUUCUCCCUGUAACUCCCGUUUUUUUCGAUGUCGACGAUCUAACCAUUAGAGCAGGCUAGAAUAUCACAAAUCCAGCCUUGUCAUUACUUAUGUCUUAAGCUAUCAGAUGGCAGUUUUCUUAAUGCGUAAUUACAGGUGUGGUUCUUUUUUCAUUAAUAUCUUUUCAAUCCUUAUAAAGAAGCUUAAAUUAAAUUGAUCUUCACUUCCCGUCGCCAAAAGUUUAGUACGCAAAAUGCCGGCGAGAAGCGUCAAGUCAAAUUAUUGCAAUGAAAUAGACUAUAUCAAAUAAAGUGUGAUACAAAUAUUGGUUCUUGGUUGAACUGAAUAUCUUUUGUUAACGGGUCAAAUGGACUUAACGUAAUUACCUAUUUGUUCCUUAUACACGGAAUCACGCUAUCCUUUACGGUCGUUAGAAAUGUAAGUCGGCAAUUUUUUUUCUCCAUGAUAGAGAGCCAUGUAAGGCCUUUUUGUAGCCUUUCCUCUUUUGGGCCGCACUUUUGUUUUCUUUGAUGCUUUUUUCAAGUGUCCAUCUCAUGUCGUUCAAAAGUAAUGCUACGUAGCUUUAUAUAAAAAAGUUUUAUUCCAGCCGAUUAUUUAGCGGUUGGGUUUAAAAGCUGUCUACAUGUUGAAAUGAUUAGAAAUAUGGGCAAAUAUUUACCCUACAGGUUGUUUUCGUUGUUCCUUACUGAAUGAGUUUUUUUGCCUUAAUUUUCAGAAACUUCCGCAAAAGCUGUUAAUUAAGGAUAUGGCGCCUGCUCCCACCGAGGGUAUGACUACCUCAUCUAUGAUACAGCAGGGUGUCCCCACAAAGGCAGCGGAAAGUUUCCCAGUUAGUGUGGUCCAACCGGAUCAUAACGACAAUUACGUCACUGUGAAUGGCGAGGACCUUUUCACUCUCCCCCCAGUCGAUGGAGGAAUUUACACGAGUGUUGAUCAGCAGUUUCUUGAGCUGAUGUUGGAUGCGGUGCAGAAAGGAUUCAUGCCUCCUGAACUGGCAACAGCCAAGACCUGGCUAAAUAAUGAUUCGGCAACGGAAGUGGACCUAAACGGUUCAGCACCUUCCCCUGUAAUGGACAUUAACGGAACAAAUGAUGAAGAAACAGAGGGAAUAGUAGCAGAUGCUUUCGAUGAUCAAAGGCCACCUUCGUUGGCCAGCACUGAACCAAUAUCACUAGCCAAUGGUGCAUCACAUCCCAACCUUACCCCACCCUUUGUGGAUAGCGGUUCGUUGUUGGCCAACGGUGAACCAGGGUCUGUUGAUUCUCAUCAAUCACCGGCUAGUGUGGAAACCAUUUCCACUGCUGGAGACCAGACAGUAGCCAGUGCCGAGGCGAUGUCUGGUGAUGAUCCCCAGUCAUCGUCCAGUAAUGGGCCAUCAUUACCAGUACAUGUUCCUGAGAACGAUAAUGAAGUUAUUUCUGAUUCAGAGCAAUCAGCCAUCUCGACGCCAAGCAAAAAAGUCCAGUUUCUUGGGCUUGACACCGUAUUUGGCGAACAAGAAAAAGCCGCAGAAGGGCCUCUGGAUAUUUCUAUCUCCCCGAGCCAUUCAACACUUCAUUCUCUUGUUACGGAGACCGGUGAGGGCCUGCCACCAAUGCAUUCUACCCCGAAAACAACUGUCACUUGGGCGACGUUGGAUUCACCGGUAAAGACAACGAGAUUAAUAGAAAAUGACCGUGCAAAAAGUCCAUCUCGAUCAACAGAGGGCCAUUCUGGAUUUGAAACAGCUCUUUAUGACACGGAGGCAGAUGAAAAACACGAGGUUGACCUGGACGAUCCGUUUAUGGUUUACUUAAACUCAAUCGAGCAAACAGCUUUGAAGUUCAAGCUUCAGGUUGAGCAAGCCAAGGUGGACACUCUGGAGACGCUAAAGGAAAAACUAGAACGCGCAUAUGAAGGGACACCCCUUGAGGACAUCCCAUAUAGAUUCCAGGAGAAAUUACAAGAAACCAUCGCCCAAAUUGCGUCAGACGAAGUGCUGAAAAAAUAUCAGGCUCUUGUAUCUCAAGACGAGGAAAUGGCUGAAGAGGAAAAUGCUAUUUUAGAGUGCAUGAGAAACGAGCUUGACUCCGUUGCUAGCGAGAACUUCGCGUUACAUCAACAGCUUGAGUUGCUGAAAGAUUACGAGACACGUUACUAUGAUCUUAAAGAAAAGUUUGAUAGUCUCAGCGAUGGAAUGGCUACGAUAAGGAACGAAUACGAGAAGAAGAACGGAGAAAGUGAAUUUCUCGCGGAGCGAGUCGAGUCUUUGGAAAAGAGCAUUGUGAACUUACGAGUAGAGUACGAUAACGAAAUUAGUGACUUGCAAAACGAGAAUCUUCAGCUACAGAAGAGUUGUUUUGAACUGGAGAACAGGAACAAGAUUUUGGAAGAGGAAAUUGCUGCUUUCAGUGAAGGUUCUGACGACAGCCAAACAGAGGACAAUGUGAAGGAGCAUCUGGGAAGCCCGAAACAGAAGCUUGUCCCUAAACAGGAGUUAGAGGUACUGGAACUACGCCUUGAGGAAUCGGAGAGACAAAAUAGUGCGCUUAGAGCAGCAGCACAGGCAGACCAAGCCAUGAUUCGGUGCGUUGAAGACAAGAAGGGUGAGCUAGAGAGAUCACUUGUAAAAGCACAGGACGACAACAGCAAAGUUCUUCUAGAACUCCAUGAAGCCCAACGACAGAUCUCUUCGGACAGAGUAAAGCUCUCCAGCUAUCAAGAAGAAGUAGAUGCGCUGCAGCGCGAGAACAAACUGUUGAAAUCCAGUUUGGAGAUCGCCCAGAAUGAACUGGAGUAUCACAUGGAGAAGAAAGACGAAAAGAGCGAGCCUUGGAAGAGUAAUAAGCGCAUGAUUUGGCGGGAAAUUCGGGAGCUCGAGAAGAUCCUAAAAGAUGUCCAUAAAGAAAAAAGGAACUUAGAGAAAAAGUAUGUCACUUUUAAACAGGAGAAUGAUCAACUGAAUAACUCUCUCUCGUUGCACAGUUAUUCAUCUGCGGAGAAUUCCCCAGAGCGCGAAGAAGAAAAAGAUGAAAGAGAUAGACUAAAGAGUAAGUCAUGGCACAGUGCAACAGAGGUCGAAAACAACAAAAUCAAUGCCAUGAACUCUGUCCCUGACGAUGAUAGUUUUUCAUCGCCACCUCGCAAAGUCAAAAGCUGGCUGGACGGUCUCAACACUCCGAAUGGUGUGGUAAAGAAGGAUGAUUCCUUUGACCUUGGCACGAAAGAACGGACGCCGGUUCUUUCCAACAGGUUUGUGUCUUUUCUUGUUUAAGUUUCCUCAUUCUAUUUCUGACGUUUAUUUGGUUGUUUCUCCCUCUGUGUCCUCGUUAGGGUGUUUUUAAAAGAUGUCACGAUGGCGACGGCAACGAGAACGGCAAAAAAGCAAUAGGCCGUUUAGAUUAGCAAAACAACAACCUUGCACGUGCAGCACACUUUUCGGUACAUUUCUUUGCCGUCACUGUGCGACAAAGACGUGAGAUUGCCUAAUCUCUUUCAACUUGCAUAAUUUUCUUAGGGAUUCAAAUCCAGGAGUGUUCGCCUACAUUUAACAAAUUAAGCGAGUUGGGAUAAUCGAUUUAAAGUUUCAAAGAACACGAAGUCACUUAUAAGUGACGUUUUUUUCGCCGUCUUCGCUGUCGUGGUAUCUUAAUUGUAACGGAGCUUUACAGACUGGGAUUGCGAUAUUGUGCCUCAACGUAGAAAAUUUGAUUAGCGUGAAGGAAAUGUCUCAAGAGUUAAGACACUUUUGGCGAUAAUCCAAGCUUCUUUGAUAGAUGGAAUAGUUAAUAAAAAGAGGUUGAAUAUUGCAGUAUUCUAGGACAAAUUUUCAUUAUCAUAAUACCCUGAGUGUGAAUGUGUUAAACCUUUCAGCCUCAAUAUUCAAAUACAAGUUCUCUAGACAGAUCUGCGUACAUUUCCAUAAAGAAUCAGUUGAGAGAGUUUAGUAAUUGAUCACAACACUUUCCCUUUACUGAUCAUUUUGUUUACCAUAACCUUUUCUCUUGGUGAUGUAUGGAUAUUGUUAGGAGAAAAUAUAUGUUGGUCACUCUUGGUACUUAAAGGAUUAAGGACAAUUCGCAACAACGAUUUUUAGCGCAACACAGCGUCACAGCAUUGUUGGGACAUUGUUUCGAAUGGUUGCAACAUUGUUCCAACAUUGCAAUGCUGUGUUGCGCUGAAAAUCGUCGUCGCUCAUCGUCUCAUGUAACAUCACCUUUAAACGGCAACAAAUCGUGUCAACAAUCGAAGCAGAUGGAAACCAGACGUGAAACAGCGGUUCUUUAUUAAACUUAAGGAAUGUCACUGAAUUUACUAUAAAUUAAAUAGUUGUCAAUGUUCUCGAUUUCACUGCAGGGCCGUCACUGCAUCGAGUGGCUCAAGUCCUCGAAAGGAGGAUAAUGGACUUCGCAACGAGGUAAGGGAGGACCUUUUUCAUCCCCAGAGACCCAAGGGUAUGUUGUGAUGAGAGGCAACUUGGCCGGGCGUUUAGAGCGCUGGACUUGCGGUCAGAUUUUCCGUCUAACUGCCCCCUCUUAUACCAUCUUUUCUCUCGAAUAUUUAUGUUCCAUUUUUCGAUUCAGUCAUUCAUUUAUUCAUUCAUCCAUUUCUCUUUCUCCUCAGCUAGAAGAGCUCCGUCACCACGUGGGAAGCUUGGAGGCCGAAAAAGCCGCGAUUGUUAAAGAACUCAGUUCACUUCGGUUCAGCCGAAUGACCAGAUAA